AUGGAGCCCCCGGCCGCCCCCUCGGAGAGGAGCCUGUCUCUGUCUCUGCCCGGGCCCCGGGAGGGCCAGGCCACCCUGAAGCCGCCCCCCCAGCACCUGUGGCGGCAGCCGCGGACCCCCAUUCGUAUCCAGCAGCGCGGCUACUCCGACAGCGCGGAGCGCGCAGAGCCCGCACGGUCCCCACACCGGCCCAUAGAGCGUGCCGACGCCGUGGACACCGGCGACCGGCCCGGCCUGCGCACUUCCCGCAUGUCCUGGCCCUCGUCCUUCCACGGUACCGGCACCGGCAGCGGCGGCGCGAGCGGAGGCAGCUGCAGGCGCUUCGAGGCAGAGAAUGGGCCCACACCAUCUCCUGGCCGCAGCCCCCUGGACUCGCAGGCGAGCCCGGGCCUCGUGCUGCAUGCUGGGGCCGCUGCCAGCCAGCGCCGGGAGUCCUUCCUGUACCGUUCAGACAGCGACUACGACAUGUCCCCCAAAACUAUGUCCCGGAACUCGUCGGUCACCAGCGAGGCGCACGCUGAGGACCUCAUUGUGACACCUUUCGCCCAGGUGCUGGCCAGUCUCCGGGGUGUUCGCAGCAACUUCUCACUCCUGACCAAUGUGCCCAUUCCCAGCAACAGACGGUCCCCGUUGGGCGGCCCAACCCCCGUCUGCAAGGCCACGCUGUCAGAAGAGACAUGUCAGCAAUUGGCCCGGGAGACACUGGAGGAGCUGGACUGGUGUCUCGAACAGCUGGAGACCAUGCAGACCUACCGCUCCGUGAGCGAGAUGGCUUCCCACAAGUUCAAGAGGAUGUUAAACCGUGAACUCACACACCUGUCAGAGAUGAGCAGGUCAGGAAACCAGGUCUCUGAGUACAUCUCUACCACAUUCCUGGACAAGCAGAAUGAAGUGGAGAUUCCAUCACCCACAAUGAAGGAUCGAGAAAAACAGUCAGCCCCACGGCAGAGACCCUCCCAGCAGCCCCCGCCCCCUGGGCCGCAAUUCCAGCCCAUGUCUCAGAUCACAGGGGUGAAGAAGCUGAUGCACAGCAGCAGCCUGAAUGAUUCCAGCAUCCCCCGCUUUGGGGUGAAGACCGACCAAGAGGAGCUCCUGGCCCAAGAACUAGAGAACCUGAACAAGUGGGGUCUGAACAUCUUUUGCGUGUCAGAAUACGCCGGAGGCCGUUCCCUCAGCUGCAUCAUGUACACGAUAUUUCAGGAGCGGGACCUGCUGAAGAAGUUCCGCAUCCCGGUGGACACCAUGGUGACUUAUAUGCUGACCCUGGAGGACCACUACCACCCCGACGUGGCCUACCACAACAGCCUGCACGCGGCUGACGUGCUGCAGUCCACGCAUGUGCUGUUGGCCACACCCGCGCUCGAUGCUGUGUUCACGGACCUGGAGAUUCUUGCCGCCCUCUUCGCGGCUGCCAUUCAUGACGUGGACCAUCCUGGGGUCUCCAACCAGUUCCUGAUCAACACCAAUUCGGAGCUGGCGCUCAUGUACAACGACGAGUCCGUGCUGGAGAAUCACCACCUGGCCGUGGGCUUCAAGCUGCUGCAGGAAGACAAUUGCGACAUCUUCCAGAACCUCAGCAAGCGCCAGCGGCAGAGCCUGCGCAAGAUGGUCAUCGACAUGGUGCUGGCCACGGACAUGUCCAAACACAUGACCCUCCUGGCAGACCUGAAGACCAUGGUGGAGACCAAGAAAGUGACCAGCUCGGGGGUCCUCCUGCUGGACAACUACUCCGACCGCAUCCAGGUCCUUCGGAACAUGGUGCACUGUGCGGACCUCAGCAACCCCACCAAACCCCUGGAGCUGUACCGCCAGUGGACCGACCGCAUCAUGGCCGAGUUCUUCCAGCAGGGCGACCGGGAGCGGGAGCGGGGCAUGGAGAUCAGCCCCAUGUGCGACAAGCACACGGCCUCGGUGGAGAAGUCUCAGGUGGGUUUCAUCGACUAUAUUGUACACCCGCUGUGGGAGACGUGGGCUGACCUGGUCCACCCAGAUGCGCAGGAGAUCCUGGACACGUUGGAAGACAACCGGGACUGGUACUACAGUGCCAUCCGGCAGAGCCCUUCACCACCGCCCGAGGAGGACCCCAGAGGGCCAGGCCACCCACCCCCACCGGAUAAGUUCCAGUUUGAGCUGACGCUGGAGGAAGAGGAGGAGGAGGACGUGUCUACUUCCCCAGGUGCAUUUGAAGCGCGGCACUUGUCCCUGGCUCAGGAUCCAUCCCCAGCUGAGGAACUAUGGGAGGUGGAUGGCCAGGCUAUGGCCGCAGAGGUGAAGGUAAAGGAACCGCGCUUCACACAGCAAGGCGACUCAGCAGAUAGUGUGGCUGCGGGCGAGGACGAGUCCAUGUCCCCAGAUGCAUCCGUGGAAGCUGGGGGCCGCAGCAGACCCCUGGCCCUGUCUGCUGAGAGUCCCCCUCUGCCUGCCUUGAGGACCCUGCCCCCUCCAGAGGAAGCCCCGGGCCUCCUGGGCCUCCCCUCCAUGGCGGCCGAGGUGGGGGCCCAAAAAGAGCAUCAGGCUGCCAAGAGGGUGUGCAGCGCCUGCACAGGAACAUCUGGCGAGGACCCUCCCCCACUCCCAGCUCCUGGUGGGUGGGGGUCAGCUGGAGGUCCUACUUGAGCCCUGGCUCCUCCACCCUGUUGCUCUCCCCGCCUCCCUCCACCACCAUCACCCCCCGACCACCUCCUCCACUGCCUCAAAGACUCUUGG